AUGAAAUUACAUGAGCUAUUUGUUGAGCAUGGAACUAUACUUUCGUGUAAAGUGGCUGUAUCUGAAGCUGGAGACAGUAAGGGAUACGGUUUUGUACAAUAUGCUGAAGAGGAAUCUGCAAAAAUCGCCAUUGAAAAGCUUAAUGGCAAAACAAUCGAAGGGAAACAACUUUAUGUUGCUCAAUUCAUCAGAAGAAUCAAUCAAAAUGCAUCGUUCACUAAUUUAUAUGUGAAGAAUUUGGAAUAUAACGUAAGUGAGGAAGUUCUAGCAGAGAAGUUUUCUGAAUUCGGAAAGAUAACCAGCCUUUUUAUCUCAAAAGAUGAAAGUGGGGUCUCGAGGGGUUUCGGGUUUGUCAACUUUGAAAGUGCAGAAGAUGCCAUGAAAACAAAAGAGAGCAUGCAUGGAAAACAGAUUGGAUCAAAGACUUUAUAUGUUGCCAAAGCUCAAAAGAGGGCUGAGCGUAGACGAAUGUUACAGCUUCAAUACAAAGAGAGUUCCCAAAAGGUAUUGAUUUUGUUUGCAGGAGUUCCGUUCCAUGGGAAGCCAUUGUAUGUGGCAAAGGCUCAAAGUAAAGUAGAAAGAAAAAUGUAUUUACAGCAAGUAUAUGCAGGGCAACGAAUGUCAGCACUUCCUCUCAUCUCCUCUUUUACUGGAUUUAACAAUCAAUGUUUCACGGUCGACCACCGCUGCCACUACUACCCACCCGUACGAGUUUACCCACCCCAACCCCCAAACUUCACCGGGUGGAGAUCACCUCGUGGAUUUGUUCCAUUGAUGGGCCACAAUCAACCUCCUCAAUGUUGCAGGUUCCCAGUUGUACUAGAAUGA